AUGCGACAGGCUCUAUGGUUCCUGCUCACCAUCGCGUGUACAGUUGUCUCCGCGCAGAUAGCAUGGACUCCAAUUUUCCUAGAUGCAAGCAGUCAAGUGGAUCUAUGGACGCAAUCAUCAACUGGUUGCGCCUGUCCGGGCGAUGGCGGAGAAGACUGCGCGUGUUGUGUUCGCGACGGUGCAUGUCCUUGUGGUGACGUAACACCAACGCGGUGCGCGCAGUGCGGACUCGAACAGUACUGCUCCAGCAUGUGCAACAUUACUAUCGAUUCACGCAUUCUCAAAAACAAGUCGGGGAAGACAUUUGGACAGAUUAAAUCGCCAUCGAUCGAAGGACCAGGCGCUUGUUCAUACUUCUUGCAACCAGACGCGGGACAACGAGUCGAAAUACAACUCUAUAGGCUGGUUUCUGCCGGUCGGUUUAACGGAUCAAGUUGUGUUGGUGGCUGGUUACAACUAAGUGGAGCGAGCGCCGUGCGAAAUGUAGAUGGAGUAGCUGAAACACGCCUUUGUGGUGAAAACGAGCGCUACACUCCACCGGUAGUGCUAUUUGCAGACCAUGGUGCUUCAACGCUUGAUUUUAGGAUAACAGAAAAAACAGUAAGAUCACAAUUUUUGGCCUUCUUCAGCUUCACUUCUUUAAGUAACACGCAAGGUAUGGGGUUUCAUCCCCGUGGGGGCUCCAGAAUACCUCAUACUGAUUGCGACUGGCUGUACCAAGAUGUAUCAUGUCGUGGAUCGGGUUCAUGUGUGCUGGCUAGUCCUGGUUAUCCUGGUCUUUAUCCACCGCAUCGUCGUUGUCGGUACCUAUUUGCCACAAAUUCUGUACACACGCGGGUCAAGAUCAUUUUCACAUCUGUAUUGCUACCUGAAGACCAUUGCACAUCGGAUUACUUAACGCUUCGGGCUGGAAGCUCGCCAUCUGCACCUUUGCUUGCUACAAUUUGCUCGGAAAAGAGUGCUACUUUAGAGUAUCCUGGACCUAACUUACUACUGGAAUUCAACUCUGGCCCAUUGGUUCCACCUUAUAAUUACAACGGGUUUAUUGCGAAACUGGAGUUCUUAGAAAGAUUAGAAAGUAGUGUACCGCCUCCCACUAUAGUAGCGGCGUCACCACCUCUUGCAGCACUAACACACCUUACUCGUCAUGCUGACAGGACAGCAGGAAUGGACAAUACAGUAGUAACAAAUGAAAUAUCGCAUAACAAGGUCAAUGGUCGUAUCGGGUGCGGCGCAAGCGUACGCAGCUACGGAGCAGGUGGAGUGCGUUCCGGGCACUUCGAUACCCGCUCUACGCCCUGGCGCUCUCAAUGUACAAUACAUUUGCUUGGCGCUCCGACAGAUGUAGUUCAAGUGUCCCUUUUUAAUUAUAACUUAAGGUUACAAAGUUGUAGAUCUCACAUUGAGAUUCUAGAGGGAUUUCAUGAAUUUAUUGGGAGGGGAGAAAAGGGGAACAGGUCAGAGAGGGGUGAUCGAGCACUAUUAAGAGUAUGCGGUCCUUCGGUCAGAGAAGCCAGAGAUCCAUCUGGAAGAUUCCUUAUUCGUCAAGCUGUUACCUCUAAGGGUGCUAACUUAACCAUUUUAGUGCGACGUGCAACAAGUCAAAGUAUAGAUGAAGAAGAAUUCGUCGAUGGCGCGUUUGCAUUUCAUGAUGAGCAACACGAUGGCACGGUAUCGCCUGAUGCCACGUGUGCCACAACACACUACGGACUCGCAGCGCUUCGACAUGGAGGUGUUUCUGCACCAUCACACCAUCACAUAUUUUGGAAUAUUGAAGAAAGAUUAUUAUGUACGCAUCUUUUCAUGCCAGCAAUAAACCAAAGUGUAACCAUUGAGAUCCAGCGCCUCGACCGAAUGUGGAGUGCCGAGCCACCCGGUACAGCGCCUGUAGGUUCGAUGGGCUGUAGAACAGCUUGUGGUGAUGCUGGUUGUGAAUGUCGGGCUGCCACUCCUUUACACUACCAUGACCAUAUAGCAUUAGUUGCUAGUGAUGGAACGCACUUAUCGUGUCUUUGUGGAGAUUUUCAGGCAGCCUGGCUACCAGUUGUAGUCCGCAGUUGGACUAGCGUCAGAUUGGAGUACUCAGUAGCGCACUACACGUACGCCAGUCGGGGAUUUGAUUACGCAGCAGCAUAUAGUUUCAAUGAUGAUGCAUUGUGUGGACAACGCACGUACACAACUCACUCUGGUGAAAUAUCAUCAAGAAAUGUGUCUGUAACAGGAACAUUAAAUGAGUUCUUUUAUCAGCAAUGUACUUGGGUACUAGACUCAAAUGUUGAAAGACAGCUCUUUAUCGACAUUACUUCGGAACAGGAUAAAUCCUGCGGGUCUUGGAAUAUUACCCUCCACGAGUGGUCUGGAAUUGCUGCCCACAACACAGGACUCGCAGCGGCGGCUGGCGAGCUACUUUAUACCUUCUGUGCUCGCCAUAAAAAUCAUACUUAUACACUGCCGUGGCGAUUGAAUACUGUGGUUAUUAGGUUAGUCGCGCUGUCAAGGCAGCAACCUUUGUACAUGAUUCGGUGGAGGUCACAAGUGGUGCGUGCCAACACCCGCCUCGGCCCGCCGACCCCGGCGCCAGCGGCCGCCGCCACCGCCUCUCAACUGGAAAACUUAUCUUCUGAAAUUUGCCUGUCGGUUUUCGUAAUACAAUUGUUAGUACGAAUAAAUGUAAUAGUUGACUAA